GUUCGGACGGACGAAAAGUCGUCUGCUGUGAGCCAGACCACGUUGUGUUUUAACUUUUAAGUUGUAAAGACCGAAGACCAGCAGUUUGAAGUGUCAGCACCUCAGCGGGUUACUUCAAUUUAUUUUAAAGAUGCCCGAGCUUCAAGGGUUUGGAGAUGGAGGAUAUCAAUCAGAAGCUGAGCUUGAUACACGAGCUCUGGUUCAAGAACAGAAUCGUAAAAAGAAAAAAUCAGGUGGUUUCCAGUCGAUGGGCCUUAGUUACAAUGUUUACCAUGGAAUAAUGAAAUGUGGUUAUAAAAUACCAACACCAAUUCAAAGAAAAUGUAUUCCUUUAAUCAUGGAAAAAAAAGAUGUCGUAGCCAUGGCCAGAACUGGCAGUGGCAAAACUGCCUGCUUCUUAAUUCCUUUAUUUGAAAGGCUCCAAGCACACUCCACCAUAGGAACUCGUGCACUUAUUAUGUCCCCUACAAGAGAAUUGGCAUUACAGACUUUGAAAUUUACUCGAGAGCUUGGUAAAUUCACAGGGCUGAAAGCAGCUACCAUUCUUGGAGGAGAUUCUAUGGAAGCUCAAUUUGCGGCAAUGCAUGAAAUACCGGAUAUCAUUAUUGCAACACCUGGACGAUUUGCCCAUCUUUGUGUUGAAAUGGAAUUAAAACUCAAGGAAAUUGAAUAUGUGGUUUUUGAUGAAGCCGACAGACUUUUUGAGAUGGGAUUUGGGGAGCAGCUGUUGGAGAUUUUGAAUCGACUACCGGAAUUGAGGCAGACUCUCCUUUUCUCCGCUACUCUUCCAAAACUGCUCGUUGAUUUCACCAAAGCUGGACUAACUGACCCUGUCCUUGUCAGAUUGGAUGUUGAUUCAAAAUUACCUGAAGCACUGAAAUUGGGUUUUGUAUUUUGUCCGUGUGAAUCGAAAGCGUCUGUUCUUCUUCAUUUACUACGCAAUGCAGUCAAGUCGGGGGAACUGACACUUGUGUUUGCAGCGACCAUGCAUCACGUGGAAUAUUUGCACUUGUUGCUUGACAAAGCUGGCAUCUCUAAUACCUACAUUUACUCCAGUUUGGAUCAAGCUGCGCGUAAAAUCCAUGCAGCCAAAUUUCAAACAAAGCAAACACAUGUUAUGAUCACUACGGACGUUGCGGCCCGUGGUAUUGAUAUCCCACUUCUGGAUAACGUUAUCAAUUAUAAUUUCCCGGCUAAAGCAAAACUUUUUGUUCACAGAGUCGGACGUGUUGCCCGUGCUGGACGUUCUGGUUGCGCUUAUUCCCUGGUUGCUCUUGAUGAACUACCAGCUUUAGUAGAUCUGCAUCUCUUCCUGGGACGGCCGGUUAAACAGAUUCCGCAAGAUGGACUCGGGAAGGAUGUCGACUGGGACGGCUUUCUUGGUCGCGUCGGCCAGACUGUAAUAGACGAUGGAAGUAGUGCCAUGACGCUCUGGCAUCAAGAAUCAGUAGAACUUCAAAACAUGAUCAAGGUCUACACUUCAGCUUACAAGCAAUACAAACGUUCAUGCCCACCUCCUUCGCACGAAUCAGUCAAGAAGGCGAAAGAAAUCAAGCUUGAACUUUUAGGCCCUCAUCCUGUGUUUGUUGCAGAAAGUUCUGAACUCGAAGGAGAUCGGCUAAACUUGUUGGAACAGAUGAAGAGCUAUCGUCCUCAUCACACUAUAUUUGAAAUUGGUGUAACAGCCAAUUCCGUGAAAGCUAAAGUUAUGUUAGAAAAACGCAUCAAACAUCAAAGGAUCAUCAUUAAGCAGAAAAAUGCGAAUAUGAAACAGAGCGAAACGAAACCAUCAGACGAGCCUGAAAGUAGUGGUGUUCCACAGGAAGAAGCCAACGAAGAAUUGGUUCAAGAGGCUUUCAGUACCGUUAUAGCCCAAAAGAAACGGACCAGCCGAAAACCAUUUGAUCCCAACCAAUCCAAGAAGAGACGACUUCAGUCUCAAACAACCAAGGACGAAGAAAACUACAUUAAUUACAAUUCGAAGGAUCACCAGACGGAAUCGGGAUUGGCCCUGGGUUGUGAUUUUGGACGAGCUGCCGCUGAUGCGGUUCUGGAUUUGACAGGUGAUGAUGACCAGGAACUUCGUAAACAGAGGAGCCUCUUAAAGUGGGAUCGAAAGAAGAAGAAGUUUAUCGGAGAGGACGAUACCAAGAAGCGUAAGAUCCGUACCGAAUCUGGUGUUUGGAUUCCAGCUACAUACAAAACUGACCGUUACGAGAGAUGGAAGGACAAAUCUAAGGUUGACCAAAACGACCCAGCUAGUGAGGAUUCGGGUGAUGAUGAAAAGGUUGGCAAUCGUAAUGCACCUGCUCGGUUCGAUGGAGGUUAUCAGAGACGAGGUAUCCCUAUGGGGAUGAAUCUUGAAGGACGAUUGGGAAGCUUACCAAAGAAUCAUCCAGCCAUGGUCAAGGCUUGGGCUGAGGUUAAGCAAGGUGGACAGCGUGUGCGUGACGAGGUGAAGCGCCCUGAGCAAAUCGAGAAGGCUCGCAAAUUGAAGGAGAAGGCUCGACUGCGUGGAAAUAAGGAAAUUCGGAUAAAACUUCAAAUGAAGCAAAAGAAGCCAACUUUGAAGACCAAACAAAAGAAGGGUGGUAAAAGGCGAAGGUAAACAACUGAAAAUCGGUGCGUGCUACGUGAUCUGUAAGGCGCUUCUUUCCUUUUUUGUCAAUCGCAAUUUCUAUUGUGACGAGAAUUAAGGAAAACUGCCAAUACAAAGUAUGUUGUCGCGUA